GAUUCCAGCUUCACUCUCAGUCAAUAUUCCACCACAAAUUACUUCACUCCUAAACCUUACUCCAGAAGCUACCCAACUGUACUCCUCAGCUUAUAUAUUUACAAUCUUAAUGCUCCCACUCUUCUGCAAUCUGCAAGCCUUCUUGAUUCUUGCCAAUCCCAACUAGAGGAACCCAUUUCGCAGGUUAUUGCCUUUUAAGGUUAGUUCUUUCAGUUGAUUCACAAUGCCUCUUCAUUUUCUCUUUAAGAAACUGGAGUUUUUUUUAUAUUGUCUGAAACUUUGUUUGAAUGCCAAUAAAGUGUGGUGGAAAGGAUGGGUGAAACCGUUUGAUGUUUAUCCUAUGAUGGGUUGUUUGGUGGGCUAGGAAUGUUUAGAAAUAAGUUUGUUUCUGACAAUCUCCCAUCAGAUUUCCUCUCGAUCCAGUCCUCUUCGGUCUUCGUCUUCAACGCCCGAGUCCCCCCCCCCCCCCCCAUCUUCUUCAUAUUCUUCGACUAAGCGACGCCCUACACCGUUCCCCCCCGCUGGUCAGUUUCGAAGCUCUCCGAUUCUUUUUUUCACUCUCUUUUGAAACCUCCUUCAAUUUUAACUUAAAUUAUCAAGUAAGUAGUUAGAUAAUAUGGCAUUUUCAUCCUCAAGCCAAGGUCAAUCAUCAAAUCCCUUCAUAAACUCAAGCUCCUCCUUUAAUUUUAAUUUUUUCUAGUUACUUUGUUUUGAUUUGUUGAAUUAUGAAUGUUUUGUUGGAUGAAUGUAAUAUGUAUUUGGUGGAUUAAAUCAAGCACCUUUAUGUUAUUAAUUUGGUCUUCUAUGCUUUGGUGGAUUACAUUAGUAUCUUUAUGUUAAGUUUAUAUAUAUAAAAAAUAUAUAAAAAAUGAUGUUGACGUAUUUCCAUAUCCUAUUGUAUCCAUAUUCGUAUCUAUGCUUUAUAGUUAGUGUCACUAUCUUCCAAUAGGAGAAUGUUGUACUUUUUGGCAGUUAAUUUCUUGAAAAUUGUAAAUACGUGUUUAAUUCUUGUUAAGAUACCUUUUUGACGGUGUACUUUUAGUCUCAGCAAACCUCUUUCUCCUUCCUUAUAGCCAACUCUUAGAGAUGAAUACUGAGAGAGUUAUAAUUAGGCUGGUUGUCCUGUGAGAUUAGUUAGGCGGGUUAUCCCGUGAGAUUAGUUGAAGUGCAUGUAAGCUAGCUUAGACACUCACAGAUGCAAAAAAAAAAAAAAAAAAAGAGUUAUCAUAUGUUGUAGAAUUAUGAUAUGUUUAAGCAGGCUGUCAUAGGAGUGGAAUGUAUUUUUAGUGUUAAAAUUAUGAUAUGUUUAAGCAGGCUGUCAUAGGAGUGGAAUGUAUUUUUAGUGUUAAAUUCAAUCUUGUUAAAUGUAGUGCAGUGGACUCGACCAUCAUUUUUUGUGCUAACAUGUUCCCAAUAAACAAUUCAAUUUGAAUUUCACUCAUUCUGAAAAGGAUCCAUGACAAAGCUUUUACAAACUAAGGAGUUUCCCUACCGUGCAAACAAAGAUCACAGUCCUUCCUGCCCCUAUUAGCUUGUGAGAGGUGAUCACAGAGAAAUAAAUGGGAUCGGAAGAAAGUGAAAAGAUAGUGGUAACUCAAGUAAGCAUUGGUGGAUUUGACAGUGAUGUUAAAGCAAGAGAUCUUAUGAGUUAUCUCGAAUCCGAGAUUGGGCUUGUGGACAGAUGUAGAUUGAAAACUUCUUGGACUCCUCCAGAAUCGUACCCAGAUUUUGAUAUCAGUAAUGUCGCUGAUGUUUUAAAAUCUGAUGAUUACAAGAAGGUGGUGCCUCAUGCAUUUGUGCAUUUUGCCUCACCUGACUCUGCUGCUGGGGCUCUACAUGCUGCAGGUCGUAGUGAGCUAUUUUUGAACGAUAAAUUGUUGAAGGUGAGUUUGGGGCCUGAGAGUCCUUACCAUAUAAAUCAGAGGCGGAGGACUAAGGUUCCCUUUAAGUUAUCUGAUGUGCAAGUUGAUAUAGGGAACUUAACUUGUCAUGAUGGAUUUUCGGUUGCUUGGAGAGGGCCUUCCAGUGGAAUGAAUUUUCUAGUGGAUCCCUUUGAUGGAACCUGUAAAUUUUGUUUCACGAAGGAUACUGCAUUCUCUUUUAAAGAUAACAACAAGCAUACAGUGUUGAAGUGUGAUUACAAAGUGGAGUUCUUGGUGAGGGACAUUAAUCAGAUCAAAAGAUAUACGGAUAUGUCAUGUUAUGUUAUUCUCUUGCAACUUACUUCUUCACCCUGCAUUUGGUAUAGAACUGCAGAUGACGAUAUUGCCAAAUCAGUUCCGUAUGAUUUGUUGGAUGAUGACGAUCCAUGGAUCCGGACAACUGAUUUCACGACUAGUGGAGCUAUUGGUCGUUGUAAUACUUACAGAGUUUCAGUCCCACCCCGCUAUGGUAUCAAGCUGAAUAAUGCCAUGAAUUAUUUAAAAGAACAAAGAGUGCACCAGGCCUCCCUCAACCGCCCUCCCAAGAUCCUGAAUGAACCAGAUUAUGGAGUGCAAAUGACUGAUCACUUCUUUUGCAUCCAUUAUAAAGAAGACAUGUCCUUUGAGAUAUUAUUUUUAAUAAAUGCCGUAAUGCACAAAGGGAUAAUCAACCAGCACCAAAUGUCUGAUAGAUUCUUUGAUUUGCUAAGAAACCAGCCAAAUGAAGUUAAUUUGGCUGCGUUAACUCAUAUUUAUGCUUAUAGACGUCCUGUACCGGAUGCCUGUAAGAGGCUAAACCUUGUACAAGAAUGGUUGUUGAAAAACCCAAGACUUUGGAAAAGAUCUAAAGGGCAGGUAGAUAUCAUUGAAAUCAGGAGAUUAGUAAUAACUCCAUCAAAAGCGUAUUGCUUUCCACCUGAAGUCGAACUCUCCAAUAGGGUUUUGAGAAGAUUCAAGGAUGUUGCUGAUAGGUUCCUCAGGGUGACCUUCAUGGAUGAAGGCAUGAAGAAAAUCAAUUCGCAUGUUUAUACCUAUUAUGUUGCCCCUAUAGUAAAGGAAAUUACUUCAAGCUCCUUUCCCCAGAAGACUAAAAUAUUUGGAAGGAUGAAACAUAUUCUGAAACAUGGGUUUUACUUGUGUGGUAGAAAAUACUCCUUUUUGGCAUACUCAUCCAACCAACUGAGGGACCAAUCAGCUUGGUUUUUUUCUGAAUGCAAAAAUGUAACAGUUGAUAGUAUUUUACGUUGGAUGGGGAGAUUUACCCAUAAAAAUGUUGCAAAGUGUGCUGCUAGAAUUGGUCAGUGCUUUUCAUCUACUUAUGCAACAAUUGAAGUUCCAAGAAACAUGGUCAAUCACGAUCUUCCUGAUGUCGAGAGGAACGGAUAUGUUUUCUCUGAUGGGAUAGGUACCAUUACUCCCGAUCUUGCGCAGGAAGUUGCAGACAAAUUAAAACUGGAUGGGACCCCACCCUGCGCUUACCAAAUUAGAUAUGCAGGUUGCAAAGGUGUUGUUGCCACUUGGCCAUCCAAGGGUGAUGGGAUCAGACUUGCUUUAAGGCCAAGCAUGAAUAAAUUUCAAUCGGAUCAUAGAAUCUUGGAGAUCUGUUCAUGGACUAGAUUUCAGCCAGGUUUUCUUAAUAGGCAGAUUAUAACCCUACUUUCUACACUAAGUGUUCCCGAUGAAAUUUUCUGGAGUAUGCAGGAGACCAUGGUUUCGAAGCUGGACAGAAUGAUCACUGAUACAGAUGUCGCGUUUGAUGUUCUCACUGCAUCCUGUGCCGAACAAGGAAAUGCAGCAGCAAUUAUGUUGAGUGCUGGUUUUGAACCUCGAACCGAACCUCAUCUAAGGGGCAUGCUAAUGUGUAUAAGAGCAGCGCAGCUCUGGGGCCUUAGGGAAAAAGCUAGGAUCUUUGUUACUGAGGGGAGGUGGUGUAUGGGGUGUUUCGACGAGAGUGGUGUGUUACAAGAAGGCCAAUGCUUCAUCCAAGUAUCCACUCCAUUGCUUGCGCAGUGUUUCUCCAAGCAUGGGUCUCUCUUUGCUGAGAUAAAGAACAAUCUUACUGUGGUAAGAGGGACUGUAGUCAUAGCCAAAAAUCCGUGCCUUCAUCCGGGUGAUGUGAGAAUUCUUGAAGCAGUUGAUGCUCCCGAGUUGCAUCAUAUGUACGAUUGCCUCGUGUUUCCUCAAAAUGGUGAACGACCCCAUACAAAUGAAGCUUCUGGAAGUGAUUUGGAUGGGGAUCUCUACUUUAUUACUUGGGAUGAAAAUCUCAUUCCACCUAGUAAAAGAAGUUGGCCACCUAUGGAGUAUGCUCCAGCGGAAGUAAAGACUCUUACACGUCAAGUUACUCGAUGGGAUAUAAUGGAGUUCUUCGCGAAGAAUAUGAUCAACGAGAGUCUGGGGACAAUAUGCAAUGCGCAUGUUGUUCAUGCUGACCGCAGCGAGUAUGGAGCUUUGGAUGAGAACUGCAUUCAGUUAUCUGAAUUAGCUGCCACAGCAGUUGAUUUUCCCAAAACAGGGAAGAUUGUGACCAUGCCUCCCCAUUUGAAACCAAAACUAUAUCCAGAUUUUAUGGGGAAAGAAGAUACUCAAUCAUACAAGUCCACCAAAAUUCUGGGAAGAAUGUACCGCCGAAUUAGAGAUGCAUAUGAUGAUGAUAUGAUCACAUCAUGCGAGCUAAAUUUUACUCCUGGGGAUGUCCAUUACGAUGUAGAUCUCGAAGUUGCAGGAGCAGAAGAUUUCAUUGCAGAAGCAUGGAAUCAAAAGUGCUCGUAUGACGGUCAGCUGAGCGGUUUACUGGGACAAUAUAAAGUUAACAGGGAAGAAGAGAUCGUCACUGGACAUAUUUGGUCCAUGCCAAAGUACAGUAGUAGGAAGCAAGGAGAGCUGAAGGAGAAGCUUAAGCAUUCUUAUAGCACUCUUAAGAAAGAGUUCAGGCAAGUUUUUGAGAAUAUUGGUCCAGAGAUUGAGCAACUCACUGAUGAUGAACGGAAUGCAUUGUAUGAAAGAAAGGCAUCGGCCUGGUAUCAGGUGGCAUACCAUCCAACUUGGUUGAAGAAAUCAAUGGAGCUGCGAGAACCAGACGUUCUUGAGACUGUCCCGAUGUUAAGCUUUCCUUGGAUUGCUGCUGAUUAUCUUGCACGGAUCAAGAUCAAAUGCCAACGGACAAAAAGUUUUGACCCAACAAAGCCGAUUAACUCUUUGGCGAGUUAUCUUUCCAAUCGAAUGUGAACAUCGUGAAGGGCUCUCGCGCUUUUGUAGCUGAUUCAGAUAAUUUGGCUGCAAGACCACUCUGCCAAUAUAGAACACAGUUGUUAUGUAAACUUGUUGUAGCGUAUAAUGUCGCAGUAGCACCAUUGAGUGAGAAUGGACGCUUCAAAAUAUCUUAUAAGUUGUAUCUGUACUAUAAAUUUGGAAGUUUUGUUACUUGAAACAAUAUUGCCAUUGAUGUUUCUGAAAUCUCAAAAUGUGUGUAAAAAGAAAAGGUGUAAGCUAUAUAUAUAUAUAUAUA